UAUGGAAAAGGAACGAGAACUAUCUUUCUUGAUAGAACAAUUUGUUAACGUUACUGGCGCCGACAAGGAAAGAGCUUCAUCAUUAUUAAAUAUUUGCAAUGGAAACUUGGAUAUGGCAAUUGGCAUGCAUUUAGAAGAUGGAGGAUCCCCGCAAAACUGUUCAAAAGGAGAGACAACGAGUCAUCAAAAUAUUGGGGAGAAUGAAGUACGAGCUCCAAUUCCACAAAAAAGAGGUGUUUUGGUUGAUGGCCCAUUCAACUUCAAGAGAGCAACUCCUCGUCAGAAACGUGGUGGAAAUCGUGGUGUAUUUGAUGCAUUUAGGGAUUUCCAAGCUGAAGCAAAGGAGCAAGAGAAACUUUUAAGUGGAAAUAUGACUUCAACCAAACGUAAAACCCUCGAAGAUCUUUUUAAACCACCCUUAGAUAUUAUACACAAGGGAACAUUUGACUCAGCCAAAUUAGCUGGAGAGAAAGACAGAAAGUGGUUGAUUGUGAACAUUCAAGAUAGCACAGAAUUCCGGUGUCAGAUGUUAAACAGAGAUGUCUGGAGCAACAGUUCAGUUAGGAAUAUAAUUGCAGAACAUUUUAUACUCUGGCAGGUGUAUCAUGAUAGUGAUGAUGGAGAUAGAUAUGUGCAGUUUUAUCAUGUGACUAAAUAUCCACACUUGGGUGUUCUUGAUCCUAGAACAGGUGAAAGACUAGUUGAGUGGGAUACUGUCGAUGCUCAAUCUUUUUGUGAAGUUGCCACAGAAUUUCUCCUGAAUCAUUCAUUUGGAAAGGAGUCUAUUGGCUGUUUACCUCCUCCAAGAAAAAGACAAAAAACGGAUAAUACGGAAAGUAUCAUUGAUGCAUCAGAGGAAUCUCAGUUACGAGCGGCCAUUGCUGCUUCUCUACAAGAUAUUUCUACCGAAACAACAAAUUACAAUGAUAAAAGUGACAAGGUUUCCGAUAAACUUCACGAUGAGGAUGACGACAAUCUAACUGAGUUUACGGCCUCUGAAUCAGAUUCGGAACAAGCUGCAACGGACACAGAAGAAUCUUAUAUUAUGGGAGAAAAGGCGGGGAAAGAAAACACUAGCAAAAGUAGUUUCGGAAAUUUUGAUAGCAAAGAUAUAUCACACAAUAACAAUCAAAGGAUGGCAGAUGAUGUCGGGUGUAAACAGAAUCAUGUUUCAAUUGGAAAAACAUUUUCUGAAAUAAAAAGUUCACAACAAGAAAGUAACUUCUUCGAGAGUAAUGAAGACCAUAACGACGAAAAUGUGUUUGAAAAAACGCAGAUAAUGUUAAGAUAUCCCGAUGGAAAACGUGAACAGAAAGCAUUUCACGCUGGAGCACCACUAUUGAAUCUAAUCAAAUACGUUCAAAGUCAAAGCUAUUCCAAUGAAAGAUUCGAGCUAGUUACCAGCUUUCCUCGAAGAAAGCUUUCUUAUAUGGAUCAUAAUCUUUCAUUAAAGGAAGUUGGACUUUUUCCUAGAGAAACUGUUUUUGUACAAGAAAGAUACCACGAUAGUCCUACGUAGAUUUAUCAGAUUCAUGUGUCUAGAGAAAUAUUUGGUUACAAAAUAAGAGUUCGGGUCCUGCUUUGGUUGCUUAAUCGGCCAUUUUAAGCGACCGAACAUCAGGAUUUGGAAAUGCAACUUUCUAACUAUGAACAUGGCGUCCGUCCACACGUAUUUGUAUCAAAAAUUCUUACAAAACUUAAUGUCUUAUUUCUUCGUCAUCGUGUGAACGGAUGAAAGCGGUUCCAUGUUGAAUAAGUUUCGUUUCCUGUUGAAAACAAACGAGUGUGAAUGAGGCCUUUAUGUUUAUUACUUGUAUAAAUAAGUCAAUUGAAUGUAGUGAAAUUUUUUUAAAGAGGAUAAAAAUAAGUAGCAAAGCACUGUGAAA